GCUAUGGCGUAACGUUAUGUAGAUGUGCAGCUAGUUCCUAGUUCAGUCCACAGUGGUGGAAAAACAAGGAAAUACCGGACCCGUGUCAGACUCAUAGACUGUAACAGGUCAGACUACAGCAAAGAUGGCGCUUCGGGCAGUUGGGAGUCGUUUGUUGCACUUUCAGAAGAACAGUUUCAAGACUGUCUCCAUUCAAACACACCGAUUCAAAAAAACCUGUCCAGUUGAAGUGAGCCAUCUGGAUCAUUUGGUUCUAACAGUGAAAAGUGUACCAGACACCAUCAACUUUUAUACCUCAGUUCUUGGAAUGGAGGUCAUCACUUUCAAGGGAAACCGUAAGGCCCUGGGUUUUGGGCAGCAGAAAUUUAACCUUCACCAGCUGGGUCAGGAGUUCGAGCCCAAAGCCAAGCAUCCAACCUCAGGCUCUGCAGACCUGUGCCUCAUCACCAAAACCUCCCUGGCUACAGUAGCUGCACAUCUGAAGGUCUGUGGGGUCGAGAUAGAGGAGGGUCCAGUGAAGAGGAGUGGAGCUGUAGGGACCAUCUCCUCUCUGUACUUCAGAGAUCCAGACCACAAUCUCAUUGAAGUGUCUAACUACAACCAGUCAACAUUAGAGGGAUCUUCUUGAGAUUUCCUUUGUGGCGUUCAUGAAUACAUCCAACACAAUCUGCUGGACCCACUUUUGCACAAUUGGAGUUUCAGCUAUGACGUUUUAGACCAAAAUUGCUGUAAUUCAAACAACACACUAUUUUUACACUGGAUAAAAUCAGUUGGCUGUGCAGAGACACUGUUUUCUGUGUAGGUCUGCUGAGCAGGGAUUGCUAUUUUAAUUAUGCGUAGAAAAGGCUGUUUUAGCAAAUUCAACUGAAUACUUAUAUGGGCGAUUGCUUUUUUAGCUGAAAAUAAAAGGUUAUAUAUAUAUAUAUAUAUAUAUAUAUAUAUAUAUAUAUAUAUAGCUACUCACAAAAUGUUAGGGAUAUCUGGUUUUUGGGUAAAAUUUAUGGAAAAUGUUCAAGCCACAGUGGUAUUAUAUCAUGAAAGUAGGACAUGUAAGUAGAAGCAUGCAAUGGUGAUUUCCUCAUCUCAAAAAAUAUACUGAAACAAAAGCCAACAACAGUGGUGGGUAUACCACGACAAAACAUGUCAAUGUCUCAAUAACUUGUCAUGUGCCCUUGAGCAUCAAUUACAGCUUGACAACGAUGUCUCAUGCUGUCCACAAGUCAGGUCAUUAAGGUUCUGGGGUACCGAGUUACGGGCCUCAACACGGUGACUCAGCUGAGGUACCCCAGUCUCCAGCAGCCGUUCCCUAAUGAUGCGACCUCGAUGAGCUGGAGCAUUGUCGUCCAUGUGUUGUUCAUGCAGGGGCACAAUGACUGGAUUAAUGAUGUUAUGCAGGUAGUAUGGGCUUGUUACUGUACCAUUCAGAAAGUGUGGGGCAGUUCUGUAUUGACUAGACACACCUGCCCACACUGUAACACCCCCACCACCAAAGGGUCGUCUGGUCUGAACCAGGAAAUGUAUUGGUCGAUUCAUGGAUCAAACACCUGUUGUGAAUUUUGCUGAUAAGCUCCUUGUUAGAGAACAGCAAGUUGUGCAGAAAGUACUGAAAUAUUGAACUGUUGGACAUGCACAUUCAGAAGUUUAGAGAAGGUCAAAUUAAGUUCACCUGUAAAGGUUAUAGUGGAUUUUAGGUUCAUCCUGAAAUUUCACCCGAAAGCCGAAUAUCCCUGACUUUUUGUGAGUGAGUGAGGAACAGACUUAACCCAAUUAAUUUAUGAUGGUGUUCUGAUAGAUGCUGCUUUAUUUCUCUCCAGAUACCUAUUCAGCAGACAAACUGUUCUGGAUCUGAACAGGUAGAUUGGGCCAUAGACAUGUGCUUUAACCCUUGUGAUGUGUUAGAAAGCUGCACACAUCUUUUGUGUUAGCAGGUCAAAUUUGACCUGUGAUUUAACUCAGCCCAAAAUAUGCUCAUUAAUAAAACAGUGAUUAUCAUCCA